CUCGAGACCUCCGGCGCGGCGAGCUCGUGCUACGCGUGCCUCGCGCCGCGCUGCUCACCAGCGACCGCGUCAUGGCUGACGACCCCGAGAUCGCUUCCUGCAUCGCUGCUCGUCAUCCCCGCCUCUCCAGCGUGCAGUCGUUGACACAAUUGACAAAGGUUCCAAAGACAUUGCUAUCGCAAGUUGUCAGAUGAUGUGGGUAUUGGAAGAAUCAGCCUUCUGGAUUGGAAGACAUUGCUUUGUCUGUCAUCACCGCUCCUGCCAUCUGCAUGACCUAUCAAAGCAGGAAGGGAAUCUGUGAGACUGACAUUGCUGGAACAUUAUUUAACCAACUUUUUCCCUUCCAAUUUUUUUAACGAACACUAUUUCUGAUUUGGAAUAUAAGAUAGCACAUAUUAUUUCAUCAUCGCAGUUUCUGAACCAUCUUUUGUAGAAUUAACCACAUUGUCCUAUUUCAAUUUAUAGCAAUGCAAUAUAUCUACUGUUGUACUCACAGCCUUUUUCUAGUCAAAUUUCCUUCGCUUGGCCUAGUGUCUCGCUGAAUGUUAUAAGUAUGAAAAAAUACAGCCUUUUUCUUCUUUCUGAUAUCUCUGCCCGUUAAACUUGUAAACAUAAAUCCUAGCAAACAUGAACUAAAGAAAUUACCUUGGAGUACUCAGUAAUCAAGCAAGCAUUGAGUAGCAGCAAGAAAAAUAAAGGUUCAACUAAAUCAGUGCUCCAGUUUGUGGAUUUGUCAAUUAUCAGCACACGGAAAUUAAGAAGAGCAUAUAUCUCCACCAUUGAGUACACCUUAUCCACUGUUAUGAGUGGCCUUUGUCCAGUUUGCUUUACAGUUUUGCAUGUAUUUACAGCUAGUUACAUCCGCAAUGAUUUCAUCGUAGAUGUCUAGAUUAACAGAAAAAUACACAACGUGAAUUAUUGUAUAUUGGUCCAUGGUUCUCAUUCGAACGAAUGGGAAAUGACUUCUUACAUUUGCGAUCGACAUCUUCUGCCUGCAUGCAAUCAAAUACUCCCUCUGUUCCUCAAAUUAAGGCCUAUAUUAUUUCCUUUGACCGAGCGUUUGACCAAAGAUUACUCCAUCAACGCGUGGCAUAUGCGAUAUAAAUCAUAAUCGUAAACAAGUAUUUUUGAAUACGAAUCCGAUGAUAUCAUUUUAUUUCACAAAAAUAUAUAUUAAUAAACUAAAUCUUGGUCAAAGGCUCGGUCAAACAAAACAAUAUACGCCCUAAUUUAAGGAACGUAGGGAGUAUCUGCAAAAAAGAAGAAGACAUGUAACGCCUCGUUUUGCCUUCACAUGCUACACAUCCAGCCACAACAACAAAUGGGACAUUGUAGACUGAUGAGUAAAGGGGAUAACAUGCCAUAAGAUAAAAACUAUUUUUCCUCGUAGAAAGAAAAAUAUUGCAAUAAUAGUGUGUUUUAUUGUUGUUUAUGCAUAAAAAUAAGAACAAAACCUGUCAUUUUCCUACACUCAACCUCAUUAUACAAAAAUAACUAUCAGACCACAAACUUUAAACAAUCAAUAAAUGCAAGGUGCCAAAUUUCAGAACCAAAACAGGUCGUUUCCCGAAAUAAACAAUGAGCAGCCUGUAGAUUCGAUGGAAUAAAUGAACCUGGUGCGUUGCAUCUGACCGGUCAAAAUGGUGAGAAAUUAUCAUGUGAUUUGCAUAGUUUUUAGAUGACUUGUUGACAAAAGGUGGAUUAAAGCGUACAUUUUGAUUUAGAUAUUAGAUAUGUCACUCGAUGGACAUGAUAGGUGCUGGGAAAUCGACAGUGCAAGAAUUCAUUCAUUGACUGGUGCUGAGCUCAUUGCUCCAGGCUUCAUCCUUUGAUCGAAGAAGAAUAACAACCCCAACGUGAGGACGGCGACGAGGAUAACACAUCGCCUUACCUAUGCAGGGGGCUGACAGCGGCAAGGAAACAGCUUGCUCGCCAGCGUUGCAGAUCCAAUGGUUACUCACCUAGGUGCUCUCAUCUUGAUCUGCACCUGGAUAAAAGUGAGAAGCCUCAUCAACAUCGCAUCUACAAGACAUGAAAGUGAGAGCACACAAACAUUAAUCUCAAAACAGAUACUGUACCCACUUUUUCUAAGCAUUUUACCAAGCACCUAGAAUACACAAUCAAGAACAGAUAGAACAUACACCAAUUCUUGGCUAGACAACACACAAAACAAGAUGAAUGGGAGUUCAAAUGAGAGGGAUUCCACCAGAAUGAGGCUACCAAUAGCGGUAUCAGUUUGUGUAUGUCUAAAGUCUCACGGACUCAAGGUACCCCAAACACAUGAGCGUAUGCUCCAGGGCAUUAACACAAACACAUGAGAUGCGGCUAAGAAUAGACACUGAGGGCAAGUAAUUUGCCUCCACUGAUUACAAGUCCCAAAUCAAGCAAGACAAAAUAAAAGAAGGGAGAAAGAGUCGUGUGUGAGCCUGGCUGAUUGCCAUCUCCUUGCAGCUUUCCGAGAUUAUCGCCAGAAGGUGCCAACUGCCGGCUGGCCAAAAAAAUCCACAAGCAAGAAGAAAUUUAUAGUUCAUAGACUGAGUUAUUAAAAUUGACCCAACAGCUGAAUCAAAUAGAUAUUCAUAUACAACUUAUGGUGGAAGAGGUUCUUGGCGAGGGUGUGGUUGGGCAUGGACUCCGCAACGAGCAGACACUCAUCCCAGUUGCAGCAGUAGCCGAUUAGGUUGGCCAGCCGUCGGUGCCGCAGCUUCAAGCGGCAGUGUCGGGCGGCCUCUCUUCGACAGCUCCGAGCGUGACUCUAUCAUUGACGAUGCGAGGGUGGACGUGUGGUGCGGGGAAGAGACAAUCAUGGGAUGGGGGUAAUUGUGACGCAAGGUGGGGCGUCCGAGCCGGCAUGAUCCUCCACAGAUGAGCCUCCGUGCUGGUGGCGUCCUCCGCGGAGAUGAGAAGGAUAAAGGAGAAGGGCAAGGAAGCGGGACCCUAUCUGCCGCAAUGUUGGUGAGAAAGAGAGGAAGCAGAGUGUGGGCUCAGAGCCAGUGGCGGAUCCAGCCAUAGGAUGGAGGGAACUGAGGUUUGAGGCGGCGGCGACUUUGUAUCACGAAGAAGAAAGCAGAAGGGGCGCGCUGCUGGAUCUGAUUGCAGGACACAGUUGGACCCACAUGUAAGAGGUGGGAUGGGGUGGCUACGUACCGCUACCACCAUUUGCCUUUUUUAUAAGAGUAGAGAUAUGCAAUGCAACCUAAAUAUUACUCCCUCUGAUUCUAAAUUCUUGACUCAAAUUUGCCCAAAUAUGGAUGUAUCUAUUUUUAAAAAGCGUCUAGAUACAUGUAAUAUUUCGACAACAAUUUAGGAUCGGAGGGAGUAUUGGUCUAAUCGAUGGUCAAAAUUAAAUCUCGAAAUGUGUACAACGCCCCUAAUAGUGGAUGCAGGGAGUACUUCUGAACACGAAUAUAAUGACAUCAUUUUUCUGUCACAUAAAUUGCACAUUAAUGACGUAACUAUUGGUCAAGGGCUUUGUCUUAGCCAAUGAAAAUGCACCCUGUAAAAAUAAAUGGAGGGAGUAUUAGUAUUUGAGUCACCAGAAGUUUGGCAAAAGAUUGGAUCUGAUCAGGGUUCACUUUACCAAUUUAACUAUCUGCUUCUCUCAAUCAGUUCGGUGGAACAAAUUUUGACAGACUGGGCAUUUGGCAAACUAAUUCAUAAAGGGGUAAAUAGUUAUUAAUCAUUCAGUGUACUGGCUUUCUGUGACUACGAGGGAGAUCUGUCUAUAUUAUGGUUUGCUACGUUGUUUUUUCUUCUGAUACAAUUUAUACACAAUUCUUUGUUCAACCUUCAAAAAAAAUGUUUACAUGAAUUUGGCCAUUGUUAGGAUAUUGCAUAACCUCUCAAAUAUGCAGCAGUUCUCGCUGGAUAAAAAUUUGGACGAAAAUAUUGCGGUUUGUUUACAGAAAGGUUAAACAAGUAGCUUCACUGAGAUGGGACAACAGUUUUUUAUUUUGCUUUCUCAGAGUCAGGCUGUCAGCUUGUUGUUCCUUAUACAUCAUCCAAAUAUUGUACAUUGUUUGAAUGCUUUCUCUGGUUUCCUCUUUUUGCUUGCGCAGAGACUGAUCGUAUGCUUAUUGGCUGAAGUAGGAAAAGGGAAGAGUUCUAGUUGGUACCUCUAUUUGUCUCAGUUGCCUAGCUACUACACUGUCUUGGCUACCUUCAAUGAUUUUGAAAUUGAAGCUCUCCAAGUUGAUGAUGCUAUUUGGAUUGCACAAAAGUCUCUUUCGGCCAUCAGAUCUGAGUGGGAAGAUGCAACACCGCUAAUGCAAGGAUUGAAAUUUAAACCUAAGCUUUUGAUAUUUAAAACGUGGCUCUGGGCUUUUGCAACGGUAUCUUCACGAACACUGCAUGUAGCAUGGGAUGAUGCUGGUUGCCUAUGUCCAGUUGGUGAUUUGUUCAAUUAUGCUGCUCCUGAUGAUGAUAUUUCAUCGGAGGAAGAAAAUAGAGAAGAAGUUACAAAAUGCCAGCAGAAAAAUGAGAUGUUGGAAGAGGUGAAGUUUGGUCGUUCAUCUGAGAGGCUGAGCGAUGGGGGAUAUGAAGAUUCUGAAGCAUACUGUUUGUAUGCCCGGAAAUGUUAUACAAAAGGGGAGCAGGUGCUUCUGGGGUAUGGGACAUACACAAACUUGGAACUUCUUGAGCACUAUGGUUUUCUUUUGGCCGAGAACCCUAAUGAGAAAACUUACAUUCAAUUAGAUUUAGAUUUGUACAGUGUUGGUACUUGGCCAACGGAUUCCCUAUAUAUUCACCCAAGUGGAAAUCCCUCGUUUGCAUUGCUAUGUUUAUUAAGGCUAUGGAUGACUCCUGCAAAUCAUCGAAAAGCCUUCAGUCAUCAGAUUUACUCAGGAUCAAUGCUUUCUGUUGAAAAUGAACUGGAGAUUAUGAAAUGGUUGGGCAGCAAAUGUGUAGAAACUUUGCAGAAAUUGCCUACGACUGUUGAGUCUGAUGAAAGUUUGCUUAGCUUUUUACAAAAGCUGCAGAACAGCACUAAUUGGAGAGUAGACGUGGACCAGUCAAGCCUUGGAGAAGAAUUUGGUGUGUUUCUCCGAUUCCAUGGCUUGGAUCUGAAUUACACAGAAAGUCACCUACCAGUUCGACUGCUACGAUCCCUGGAGAGAUGGGAAUUGGCUGUGCGGUGGAGAUGCACCUACAAGAGAACUCUGGUUAAGUGUAUUUUUCAUUGUAAACGUCUAAUUCAUGAGCUUUCCUUGCAACAGAACCAAUAGUUUCUUGUUAUGUUGAUGAGCCUGCUGAUUUGAGUACAGAGGCUUGAUAGUCAAUUUCGCAAAAAGAUUGAUUCCGAGAGCUGUUGGCUGGGUGUUUCGUCAGCUCAGAGUCGCUGUGAUUUGUAAUAUUUGCUAGUGUGCUUUCUGUUCGUGGUUAGAUUGAGGCUCCUCUUUUAGUUCA